AUGAGUCUUGUUGAUUCUUGGCCACAUGAUCACCUGAACUCAGCAACGAGCGAGAAUCCUCCCGGCAGCACUGGUUUCAACAUCACCUCGAUCAUUGAUCCCUUGCAGACUCUGAAUGAGAGUGUACCUCUUGUCCGGCCUGGAGCACUCCCUGACUUUAACGGAGUAGAUGCUGACCAGUCCAUCCGGGCGCCCGAUUUCCAUCGCCAUGACUUCAACCCGCUCCCAGAUACUGCUACUGGUGGCGUGGAUGACUUUUGGCAAAAUAGUGAAUUUUGGUUCGAUCAAUCCGAACUUGACUGGAACGACGACCUCUUUGAAGCAAAUCCGCCAUUGCUUGACCAUGAGAUGCCGUCUCCGCUGAACAGCCUGACUGCCAUGAUGCAAGAAUACUUUGACCGAAGAUCGCGGCCGUCAUCGCCUUCUCCUGCUAAAGCUAGCAAAAUAUGGUAUUCGGCUGCUCCACUUCUCGAAAACCAUAACAGGGACAUCAUCAGAGUGUUUCACAACGUGUUCAGAAGGCAUAUUCCGAAGACGUUCUCUCUUUUUGAAGAUACAGCUACGACCAGCUCCAAAUGUCAACCAGCAUUAACGCUCGCUCUAGCUGCCACUGGUGGACUGUUUUGCGGUACUCCUGGCAGCGCACAAGUUGCGAAGUCAAUGUAUGACGAUGCUCGGCGGAUGGUUCUUUCAACUAUCAACGCACAGAGCUAUUCAGACAAGUCUUCUGCAAGUCGAUUGGAUAAGUUUAUCGUGGCGAAAACAUUCGUCUUGUUGGCCUUGUACGGUCUCUGCAGCGGUGAUAAGAGAAGUUACGAAUUCGUCGAGGUAUUCCAUGGCAAUCUUAUUCAUUCUGUUCAGGAAUACAGCAAAGCAUGUCAACGGUGUCCUCACGCAGACGACGUCGACAAAGAUAAUACCCGUCUUCUCGAAGCUCUACAUAUCCUUGACUGCUAUCGAGUUAUCAUCCUGCAGCGACCGCCUUCCCUGGCACGAAAAUACAGCGAAUCGUUCCUACGUACGCCCACGAAUCGAAGUCGCAUAUCUAAGCUUCACAGCGUGAUAGCUGGCCUAGUGGGCGGCGGCCAUACGGUCGACCUGGGCCAAAACAUCACCUUCGGUUUGACGAGUUUGGCAUCUCUGAGCUCUUUUGUAUGGCCUGCGACAUACCCCCAGCAAAACGGUUACGGUACCGAGAAACAUCCGUCCGAUGACCUCUUCGUAUGGAGAGCCGAUUUUGCAGAGUUAGCCUGUGACACCUGGCUUCGUACGAUUCACCGACCCGAAAACCUAUCUCACCUUAUUAUGUAUCACAUGAUGGGCAUUAUACUACAUUCGAAUUUAACUGUUUUGCAGAAUUUCGCGCACUCUGCACCUGGAUCGGCAGCACGAGACGCGGAAAGAGGGUUGGCUGCAAGAGAGAUCCAUGCAUGGACGAAAGACAAGCACUACACAACUGCUCAGUGGCAUGCAGAGAAUAUGAUUUCCAGUGUCGAAGCUGCCCUGAUCGAGGCGUCGGCCGCAAGACAAACCCAGUGUGCCUCAGCUCGAACAUCGUCGCUGCCCCUGGAGUUGGCAGGCUUAGCGUUCGAAGCACCACACGUGCCUUAUGCUGUUUACUAUGCCAGUCUGGUUCUUUGGGCUGGUGCUUUCACAGCGCCGCACUUGGCAAAAUCUUCCCUCUCAGAACGAGCUCAACUAGCUAGAGGCGAGCUGAUUCUACUUGCCCACAAAGUGCACAUCGCUCAGCUCCUUGCCCGGCUUCUUAAUGAGGUUCGUUGA